AUUGUCGAGUACUGGCCGUGGUACAGUUGAAGAGCCCUACAGCAGGCCUAUGACGGAGCUGGAAAAGCGGCAUACAGAAACAUUUCCGCGUCUUGCAAACAUUACUUUGUACGUGUUUUUUUUUUUUUUUUUUUUUUCCAAAGAAGACUGAAGUAAAAUGACACAGAUUCGAAAAGUGGUAUUGAAUUCCCGUCCGGGGAAAAAUGGGGAACCUGUUCCAGAAAAUUUCGGAGUUGAGGAGGCCUAUUUGCCAGCUGACCUUAACCCAGGACAUGUGCAAGUCAGAACGCUUUACCUCUCUGUGGAUCCCUACAUGCGCUGCCGAAUGAAUGAGGACACAGGAACUGACUACCUGUCACCAUGGCAACUGUCUGAAGUUGUAGAAGGAGGAGGUGUUGGGAUAGUGGAGGACAGCAGGCACGAUUCAUUCACAGAGGGAGACACUGUGGUCUCCUUUUCCUGGCCGUGGCAAACCCAGGCAGUUUUGGAAGGGAAACUACUACAGAAGCUGGACCCCCAAUUGGUAGAUGGGCACCACUCCUAUUUUUUGGGUGCAGUGGGCAUGCCUGGGCUUACAGCGUUAUUGGGAGUGAGGGAGAAAGGUCACGUGACUCCAGGAGCCAAUCAGACCAUGGUUGUCAGCGGUGCUGCUGGAGCCUGUGGUUCACUGGCUGGUCAGGUCGGCAGGUUGGAUGGUUGCUCCAAGGUGGUGGGAAUCUGUGGCUCUGAUGAGAAGUGCCAGGUCCUGGUGUCAGAACUCGGGUUCGAUAGUGCUAUCAACUACAAACGGCAGGAUGUGGCUGCGAGGCUUAGGGAGAGCUGCCCAACAGGAGUGGAUGUUUACUUUGACAAUGUUGGUGGAUCGAUCAGCGACACUGUGAUAGCACAGAUGACCGAAGGUGGUCAUGUGAUCCUAUGCGGCCAGAUCUCUCAGUACAACAAGGACGUGCCUUACCCCCCUCCAUUGCCGGCCAGCACACAGGAAGUGCUUCACUCCAAACACAUCACCAGGGAGAGGUUUACAGUGCUGAGUUACACAGACAAACAUGAAGCAGGGAUGCUACAGCUGAGCCAGUGGGUCAGAGAAGGGAAGCUGAAGGUCUUGGAGACUGUGGUGAAAGGGCUGGAUAAUAUGGGUGUGGCUUUCCACUCCAUGAUGAAAGGGGGUAAUGUUGGGAAGCAGAUCGUGCAGGUGUCUGAGUAACCCGACAGCACCACCUUGUGGUGAUAUGGAGACUGUUUAUCUCAUCUAUGUGAUUAACAUGAUCUCUAGUGUGGUCCAGAGUCUUUUCUGAAAAAUACUGAGUCCCAUUGCCUUUCAGGUGGAUGGUAUUAUUAUCUGAAAAAUGCCAAUUUGUUUCCUAUACUCUCUGUCAUUGUCACUUGCAUGUGACAGUUUUCUAAAUUAGUCAAAAUAAACAAAUUAUGUAACUAUCCAAAUCUGGGUUGGUUAGGUAGAUACAUCUUGGACUUUGCUGUUUCUGAAACUAGUGCAUAUUCUAACAACAAAUCAUUAUACGUGAUAUAAAAAAGGGAGUAUUUUAUCAGUUUUGCUGAUGGCAAGUGUAAACCAUUGUUAAAACCUGUGACUAAUAACCACUCCCACUGUGAAUGAUUCCGAUAGGCUUAUUGCCAAUUAUAUAUGUAAGCUACAGCCACACCAGCACGGCAUUUCCAGCCUAUGACACAACAUUAAAUACAAGUUUAUGGCACUGGUCACAUAGAUACAUGUACUUUGUAAUGGGUAUGGCAGUAACAGUUUUUAAAUUUUUUUUUUUUAUUGAAUUCAGACUCAUAUAAUAUCAUGAUAGGUCAAUGAGGAAACAUGUCUAAAACACUAAACCAUUUUGUUGGUUCCAAGGCUUAUCUUUAAUGCAGUGAAAGUUUGAAACACUAAAUAUGACAAUAUGAUUUUUUUUUUUGAGGGGGGAGGUCGGUCUGCUUAGAAAAGGAAUGCAUUACAAAACACUGAACAUAAAUUAAAGACAGUGAAUUAAAUUCAGAUUCGCACACUGCGUAACCUCACACUUUAAAUGCACAUAGUGCAGAGUAGUGAUAACAAUCAAACAUUCCUUUAACACUCUUAUCAGUGAGGGGCCCAUGACUUUAGUAUAACAGUUGGGUGGAACCAGGACACUAGAAGCAAGAGGGGCUUACUCCCAGUACCAGACAUUAACUAGCAGCAUCUGGUACUCAAACCUUUCCUAGCCAAGUUAUUUUAUUUAUUUAUUUAUUUUUAAUCUACAAUAGCAGAAAGAAGAAUACAUAGAAGAGAGACGCAACAUGACACUCGGAGGGGAAAUGGUGGUAGGGACAGUGAAAUUGUUUAAACAUGCAUUUGUACCAAUAUGCAGGAGGCAGAAACAGUAAAUUGUGGCAUUGUAAGUCAGUAGAUGUUUUUUAUAGUUGGAUUACCUUGUUAUACGUUGAAUAAUUAAGAAAUAUUUUCAUUUUGAAAGUAAAAUAAAUAUUAUUAUUAUUA